CUUCCUGGGGUGUUGCUUCUUGGCCGUCAUCUUUAUUAAACGUUGGAUGGCUCCUCCCAAGAGCUGCAAAAAGCCAACGGUAUUUUUAAAGACUUCGCUUUAACGUGAGGCCUUUAGAUUGUUGGAUGUGUUUUUUACGACAGGCUUUGGUGUGUAACCGUGCUUUGGCUCUCUUCCUGCUAUUUAUCCCCAUUUUGUUGUUUAGCCUUCCGGGCUAAAAAGUUCUUAGACUGCACAAUGCUCCGCAUUCUGGGGGGCUUUGUGUUCCCGGAAGCUGCCUGUGAAGCGGCCGAAAGUAAGUCGAGGUACGAAAACCUCUUCAAGAAACUAGAUCGUAACCAGGAUGGUCGAGUGGACAUUGCUGAGCUGCAAAGUGGCCUUAAGGAGUUGGGCAUCCCUCUGGGAGAUGACGCGGAGAAGAAAAUUUUCAGGGCUGGUGACACUAAUCAGGAUGGAAGACUUGACUUUGAAGAAUUUACACAUUAUCUUAAAGACCACGAAAAGAAAAUGAAGCUUGCAUUUAAAAGCCUGGAUAAAAAUAAUGAUGGUGUAAUUGAAGCCACAGAGAUUGUUCAGUCCCUGAAGAUACUGGGUAUAGAUAUUUCUGAAAAGCAGGCAGGCAAGAUUCUGCAAAGCAUGGAUGCCGAUGGGACAAUGUCAGUGGACUGGAAUGAAUGGCGCGAUCAUUUUCUCUUUAAUCCUGCUUCAGACAUUCAAGGAAUUGUCCGUUAUUGGAAACAUUCCACGGUAUUAGAUAUUGGAGAUAGUUUAACUAUUCCUGAUGAAUUCACUGAAGAAGAGAAGAAGACUGGCCAGUGGUGGAAGCAGCUUUUGUCAGGUGGAGUUGCUGGGGCCGUGUCUCGAACAGGCACAGCACCUCUUGAUCGUCUCAAAGUUAUGAUGCAGGUUCAUGGCUCGAAGGGGAAAAUGAACAUAGCUGGUGGCCUGAAGCAAAUGGUGAAAGAAGGAGGAGUCCGUUCCCUUUGGAGGGGAAAUGGUGUGAAUGUUGUCAAAAUUGCACCUGAAACAGCCAUCAAGUUCUGGGCCUAUGAACGGUAUAAGAAAAUGUUUGUUAAUGAAGAAGGAAAAAUAGGAACUAUUGAACGAUUUAUAUCUGGUUCUAUGGCUGGAGCAACCGCACAGACAUCUAUUUAUCCUAUGGAGGUAUUAAAAACAAGACUGGCAGUGGGUAAAACAGGUCAAUAUUCAGGAAUGUUUGACUGUGCUAAGAAAAUUUUAAAAACGGAAGGGGUGAAAGCCUUUUACAAAGGUUAUAUUCCUAAUAUUUUGGGAAUAAUUCCAUAUGCUGGCAUCGAUUUGGCUAUUUAUGAGGCAUUGAAAAAAACUUGGUUAGAAAAAUAUGCCACCGACUCUGCCAACCCUGGUGUAUUAGUAUUGCUUGGAUGUGGUACUUUAUCCAGUACUUGUGGCCAGUUAUCCAGUUAUCCACUUGCCCUUAUCCGAACUCGAAUGCAAGCUCAAGCGAUGGUAGAAAGUGGCCCUCAGCUAAACAUGGUUGGCCUUUUCCGAAAAAUUAUUGCCAAAGAAGGAAUCCUUGGACUAUACAGAGGCAUAGCCCCAAACUUCAUGAAGGUGCUUCCUGCUGUCAGCAUCAGUUAUGUGGUAUAUGAAAAGAUGAAGGAAAACUUGGGAAUAGCAUGAAAGAAAGAUUAUCCACAUGAGAGACUUUCAAGGAAUAUUCACCCAGAUAAAUCCUGGAGGCUAAAUUCAUGUUUACAGUUAGCUACAGUUCCUCUAUGCAAAAAUUCUACAAGUCUUAACUUUAUAAAGCCUUGAUGGAGUAAAAAAAAAAAAGUAUUUUCUGAAAACAGCUAGGUAAUGAAAAAAAAAGUCAAAAACUAUUUCAUUGCUCAUGUGGCUGCUUUUUGGAAAAGUUUGAGGAUGUCACAAUUAUUUCCCCAGCUUAUAUAUUAUUGGGUUAAAGCUAUGUCAUAACUCUGUUAUGACCAUUUGCAUUUGAUUAUCUAGUGGGCAAUUUAUGAGCAUUCUGAACACCCAAUAUUAAUUUGCAGUCAUCUUUUGCAAUAUGGUAAUCAUUCUACUUUUUUUUGUUAAGCUUUUGUAAAAAAAAAAACCCUCAGAAAAAUAAUUCAGAAAGUCGUAAAACGUCACUCUGAAAUUUUUGAUAAUUUGUUCAGUUCUCCUUAUAACAAAUUAACAGAAAGAGCUUGAAGUGAAAUGAAUGUAUUUGUAUCAUUAUUAGUCAUUUAUAUAGAACAUACCUAGGUGGGAUCUGAUCUUUCAACAUUAAUCUUGGAAAAUUGAUGAGGAUAGGAACCAAUCUAGACAUGCGUGGAACUGACAUAUUAAAGUGAAAGUUAUUGCUAUUUACAAAAGAUUAUAAUAAUUGAUAGUUUGUAUGCGUAUUCAACAUCCUAUUCCUACUUUAUAGGAAUGGAAGGAUCAAGGCGUACGUUUAACUUAACAAGUAUUUGUAUCCUUCAGAUAAUUAUCUAAUUUGUUUAAAAGCUAAAACAGGUGAAAAGUUUCUUAAAUUUCUCCCUUUUGCAUCCACCAUCUUCCACAGUCACUUAUCAAAAUGCAUGCUUUUAAAUGCUAAUGAGUUCCUUAGCUAGGCUUGCCUUCUCUUCCAAGAGAGAAAAUUCUUGUUCGUUCUUUUACUACCCAAAGGAAGUGGCUUUCUUUUCUAACUCAGAUUUGAUUCCUUUUCAGACAACCUCUCCUACCAGCUGCUUCUCUUACAAAACUUAGGUUGGUAUUGGGCCAUCGCUAUGCGUUCCAACUAUUGGAGUACCACCUCCGUUAUUACCUCCAACUGUGGUACUCCAACAGUUGGAACGCAUAGCGAUGGCCCAAUACCAACCUAAGUUUUGGGCCCAUUAUGUGGACAACAUGUUUAAGGUCAUCAAGAAGCACCAAAAGACUAACUUUAUGGGCAUACUUAAUUCGGUAUACCCAGAUAUCCAGUUUACUAUGGAGGAGGAAAAUCAGGGUUUGCUGGCAUUUUUGGAAGUGUUGGUCCAUCGCCAGCCGGAUGGAACCCUAGAUACUAGGGUAUACCAAAAACCAACUAGCACAGAUAGAAUCCUCCAUUAUGGAAGUAACCAUCCGGUAGCCCAUAAAGUUAGUUGUAUUAGAACCCUAUUUAAACGGGUAGAUUCCCACUGUAGUACAGUUAGAGCAAAAAUGGAGGAAAGAAAUCACCUCUUCCGCAUAUGCAGGCGCAAUGGAUACCUGACAAGGUUCUUCAGACGUCACAGCAUACCACCUGAAUCCCGGAGGAAUCCACGAAUAGAUGAGCCGGCAUCACAAGUGACACUUGUCACCCUCCCCUAUAUCUGCAAUGUGUCUGAGGCAACGGUUAGAUUACUAGCACCACACAAUGCGAAGGUAGCCCAUAGGCCUAACCAGACGCUAUGUGCUGCAACCAAAGACCCAUUCCCCAACAUGGAGAAAUCGGCAGUUGUGUACAGGAUUGACUGUAGGGACUGCCCUGGUAACUAUGUUGGGGAGACCUCCAAGAGGUAAAAACCAGGGUCCAUGAACACAAAUUAGCAAUAAAAAGGGGCGAACAAUAUUCCCAGAUUUGAGCAUAUAUGGCAGAAUCCGGUCAUCGAUUUGACUUUGAUAAAGUACGCAUUCUGGCCAGUGACAGUACGAAAGGGGGCUGCCUGCUCAAGGAAGCGUGGCUAUCUAACAAGGACUCAGUUAACCGGCACAUUGAUCUUUGUCCGGCACAUCUGAUGCUAAGAGCAUGGAGUAUGGACAAUCCCCCACCCCGUUGGAGGCAGUCCAGCAAUAUAUCGAAUAUAACAGCAGAGAGGACCAUGGAGGAGGCAUCCUCUCCCCAACAACUUAUGGGCAUCCGGGCAAAGUGUGAACAGCGUUUGAGAGACCUUCCUGCCCCCAGAGCGGGUAUGCAUUCUCGGAGGAUCGGGAAAACGACGAGAGAUGCAGGAGUGGCAACCUGUACACCAGGAACUCCUGCACACCUCCCGAGAUACCCAGAAAGAGUGACAUCCCCCAAUGGGGAGGCUAGUACCAGGACUGGACUGGUGGACACCCUUGGCUGGAAUUUCUGUCCCCCAAUUAUGCUCGAGAGAGAGGAGGAUGGCCUUGCCGACCCGCCCGAUGGCGGCAACUCUAUCGCCUCACUCCGUAGCACCGGUUCGGUUGCGUCAGCGGGAAAUGCAGAACGAUUCCCGAGACAAUGCACGAGCGGGGGGGGGGCAAGAAUGGAAGGGGAGCGGUGAGGAUCGGGGUUUCUGGCUGCCGCAUAGAGGACAUUCGGGAUGGCCUGAUUGAAGCCGGGAUACAGGGGCAUGGGAUCAGAGACGAUGAGAGGGGACGAUUUAGAACGAUGGUCACCCGAUCACACUCAGGAGAAGGGAGGAUGUCCUUGCCGAUACAUUUAAUAGCGAUGGCCCGCCCACCCCGCCUUGCAGCGGGGUCCGACCAUGCCAGGGAUAAAACGAAAUAGCUCUUGAGACAACAACACAUGAGCAAAGGACAUCAAGGACGGGGUGGGAGGAAUGGUGAAAACUGGACAGGAUAACAUUUACGGAGACCACAACUGUGUGGGUGGGAUUUGUGAAGAAAAAGAAAAAAGGGGAGAGUGCACUACAUCUAGACAAUCUGAGUGGGGCAAGGGAGGAGAUGAUAGGAACACACAAUUGAAUAAUAUAAGGGGUCUGGUCAAACAAAAAAGGGGAAAUACCCCGCCUGACUCCGAACUCAGCAAAGGGAAGAUAUACGAUGUCACACGCACAGACAAGAGAGGCAGGAAAAGAACAACCGCUGAUAUAAGAACUGCGACCGGAACACAGCUUACUCAAUCAGGUCCGAUGACGAGGUCCAGGAGCCGGGUGCAGACCUUAGUCAACCUAUAAAAGGACUCUCCUACUGACUAGCAUUUCAAGCCCUGAUGUCGGCAGUUGCCGACGAAAGCUUGGCGUUUUUAUUAAACUUUUGUAGUUUAGAAUUUCCCUGAUGUUCACGUUUAUUUGUUUGUUUUGAAUAUGAAUAUACCCAGGGAUCGUAUUUUUAAUGUUAUUAUAUAUAUAAAUUUUUCUUAUGGCUUGUCUGGAGUUUUUUUUGCAGGUCAGAGCUGAUUUCCUUGAUGGAGAUCUGUAUUUCUUUAAUAGUGUAAUGGAGAUUAUUUAUUGAUAGAUGGGAAGAUCCACAAAUAUUCUUAAUUCCCCAAAUCAAGAUAGAAAUCAGUCUCAAUGUUCAGUUUAUUUUAUCAAACAAUCAUAUCAAAUUAUAUCAUAAUAUCAACAUAAUACAAUAAAAUAUGAUAAACUAAAAUUAUGUGAACUAAAUAGCCAUAAAGAAUUAUUAUUAAAUUUAGUAAAAUGAUUUUAAGUAACUGGAAAUCAAUCCAGAAGGUAAUGAUAGGCAACCAAAAAUUGCACUGAAAAAUCAUGGCCAGCCUGUAUUAACAUCCUCUUCUCCAGCAUAUUUCAAAGACAUUUGAAAUGAAAGGCAGGAAUUGCUGUGUGUUAAAUAAUUGUUUGCUUAUUGCAAUAAAGUAAGCUUGCUUUAAUUACAGAUAUAACCACAUCAUAAAAGCAGAUUCUUUUCUUGGCAUUGCUUGUUUCUUUGAAAUCUAGCUAUUCCUUUUAGUUGAUUAAAAUUUUCUUCAAGAGUGGCACACAGAAGGACUUGAGUAAAUGAUUGCUUUGUUGCUCUUUGGAGUUUCUUAUGCUACUACCUGGAUACCCAUUAAGAGUUUGAACUAAACUCUUAAAUAUACAUUUGGGAGAGUAUUGUGGGUUAGAACUUUUAGGCUAUGACACGUGUAUUGUUAUCAUAAAAAGAGGUAUGUGAUCAUAUCAACAGAAGUCUGCUGUAGCUAUUGGGUAUAGAUGGUUUGGCUGUAUGUGGCCAUAACUGUUUGGGAGGAUCUAAUGUAAAAUUUCCAAACAAUUCACUUUACAAAAGAGUAAAUCAUAGUGCUUGUUUGUACUGUAAACAUUUCAAACCAGUGCCUUCAGCAAACACUCCUUAAUACUCCCUUUAAAACCAUCUUGGAAAAAUAAGGCAUGGCCCCCUCAUAAUCAUCUGUUAGUGCUGUGGAUACAUGGCAAUGAGGCCUAGUGUGUUGUAUGCAACACUUUUGAAUGACAGCUUUUUAACACUGCCUCUUGUCAUAUAGAAAACCACACUUUAUCAAAACCAAAGAAUUGUUCCAAAAUACACAGUAUAUAAAGUGUCUGACUUUUUUUAAAAGGAACAAAAUAUAUACUAUUGUAAAAUUUUCUUUUUUAUAUAGCUUUCUAAUUGUUUAUUUAGAAAAAUGCUUAUUUGAAAAAUAGAGUUGAAAAAUGACAUAAGCAGUACAUGAAGCAGAUUCAUUCUGUUUUCUUGUAUAAGUGCCCUUACUGAUUUGGGUGAUUUUGUUGUUAAUUCUUCGGAGAUGAUGUAAGCUUGAGUAAGAUUCCUUUUAUCUUGUCCCUAAGCAUCGUUAGUUUGUAAUUAUUAUAUGCUUCAUCUGUUCCUUGGUGAAAGAGAUGCUGAUACUUUGAAAACUGUUUAUAAUAAAUGGGUUUUAUAACACA